AUGCGAGGCGCAGUUAUCGCGGAAUCACGGGAGGGAGCCGGCGAUUCCUCACCUUCGAAUUUACUCUCGAACAACUCAUCAGCCACAUUGGGGUCUUCUCGCUAUGAUACAGACUUUUUUACCCGAUUAGUGUCCAAGCACAUUACCAGACUUUAUCCGUUUUGUCCUAUUGUGGAUAAAGAUGAGCUAUAUGCCAUUAUCGAAGUCGCCGAUGUUAAUCAGGAUGCCGCAUUCUUAAUCCAUGCGUACGCCGGUGUUGCCCUUCUCUUGGAACGGCUAUCAAGGGAGUGGGAGCCCAACUGCUACCAGGAAGUCCUCGAAGUGGUGGCUCUCGCCAUCGACUUCCUACCGCCCAUGGGUCUGGAUUCCAAACCACCAUUUAUUCGUGUGCUGGGCUAUAUCUUUGUUGAAAUGAGUCUGUUGGGCAUGAAAAGACUAGACAUGGCCUUUUUCUAUUUGCGGGGGGCCAUAUCUCUCAUGCUGAUGGAUGGGUUGGACAAUUUUCUCGGCAAAUCUGAAGUCAACUCAAGGGAGCGAGCGCGCCGCGAGCGAGUUUACUGGUGCUGCUUCAUCCAUGAACGUCACCUAGCCCUCGAAGGCGGCACCCCGGUGUGCCUAGACCCGUUGCCAUCGCUGCCCGACGUAACUUUCUUGGCGGCAAACUCGGCUGAACGAGGCUGGAAUUAUAUCACUCAGACGUUUCUCCUCAUCGACCGAGACUUCGUCAAGUUCUGGACUGGGGACCGUUCCUUGGUGACGGCGGAGUGGGUACAAGAGAAGUACUGCCAGCUCACUGACCCAUCGUGGGAGCAUGAGGUCACUAUGCUGGCCACGGUUCAGCAGGCUGACGUGGUCAUUACACGCCAAUGGCUGCGAACUCUGACCUGGCAGAUGGCCAUGUCCAAUGUCCUACUUUCGUCGGAAGCCAGCUCAUCAGAGGCACUAUCACUAUUCAUGCCACUCCGCCUUUCGACCCAGCUCAAAGAGUAUUUUAUCCGACUGUCAAGGCAGGGAGUCGCGGUUGAUGAUUUGUCGAUCAGAGACAAACUUUUCGAGAUCAUUACUACCAUUGCAGAUGUUGUCACAGCUCUCCCACCCAGCAACCCUGCCACGGAAGUACUGUCGAGCAUUCAGGAUCUCUUGCUCGUGAAGCGCGUUCUUCUUGGCUUUUCUCACGUCAAGCCAGUCCACCGCCAACUGCUCUUGGAAAAGAUGAGCUAUAUCAAAUCUUUGUACCGCGACACGACAUCGACUUUCAUCGAGUUUAAUCACUAUCCUAGCCACCUAGCUCAUUUCCUGUUCACGAUCAACCUCCUUCCAAUCUUGAAACGUACCGUGGCGCAGAAAGGUUCAGAUGUGCGCGUCGUCAAUGUCUCGGCCUCUGAUCAUAGCAUGCUGAUCCCAAACACGAUGCGCUUCGACAAGGUUUCCGACCUCAAGUAUUGCGGCACCUCGUCGACGUCGCCCUACAACAGCAGGAGAGACCUGUUUUCCCGAUAUGCACUCAGCAAACUCGCCAACAUCCUCUGUACGGCGGCGCUCCAACAGCGCUACAGGAACAUUCUCUGCGCCUCGUGUAAUCCCGGUGGGACCAACACCGUCAGGGGCAUGUCUGUGUGGCCGGGUUUCCUCCGACCCGUUAUGAGUCGGCUGUUUGUGUCGCCAGCAGUGGGUGCCCGGCCGGUGCUACUGCUGGCGGCGGGGAAGGAUGUAGGAGCAGAGCGGGAGAGGUAUCGAGGAGCCUACGUGGGAAAUAAGUGUAAGGAAGACACCAUCUAA